AAGAACGCCUUAAACGUUACGAAGAUGAAGCAGGUCUAAUUAGUAGUACAUCAAAAUUAAUAGAUAGAGUUUCAUAUUUAAGAAAAAACAGAGAAAAUGAUGCGUCAAAGGCCAUCAUUAAUAUUGAAGAUUCAAUGAAUCUUGAUCUUUGCUUCGUUCUGGACUGUACAGGCUCUAUGUCUCCUCAUAUCCAAGCAACGAAAGAGCAUAUACUAAAA